ACAUCCUCCCUCCUGCAUUCAGCCUGAGCAGCCAUUCUUCUCUCGAGGUUGUCGGACGAUCACGCUAGGGUCUACUUUGAUUAUCUGAUCUGUGCAUUUCUAGUCUGACAUCUUUACUGUGACGCAUCGGAGCUCGCGCUAUCGUGUCCGAGGAUUACGACCGAGAUGGCGUCGCUAAAAGCACUCUACUUCGUUCCGUACAACGCGUGCCUGGCCGUCGCAUGGCUGUACGUGUUGAUCCUGACGGUGCAGGCGCUGGCGACGGGCGGCCCGUCCACCGUGUACGCCACGGCGGAGCUGCCGCUUCAGAUCGCGCAGACCGCUGCGCUCAUGGAGAUCAUCCACAGCAUCCUCGGCAUCGUGCGCUCGCCCGUGUCCGCCACGCUCCCGCAGAUCGCUUCCAGGCUCUUCCUUGUCUGGGGUGUGCUCUACCCCGCGCCUCAGGUCCGCGAGCACGUGCUGGUGGCGUCGCUGCUGCUCAGCUGGUCCAUCACAGAGAUCGUGCGCUAUUCCUUCUUCGCCGUCAAGGAAGCCUUCGGCUCCACACCCGCGCCUCUGCUCUGGCUCCGCUACAGCAUGUUCUACGUGCUCUACCCCUCGGGCAUCACCAGUGAAGUGGGACUCGCCUACCUCGCCCUGCCCUAUCUCAAGGCAUCCCACGUGUUUUCCUUUGACAUGCCCAACAAGGUCAACUUCGCUGUUGACUAUUACCUCGUCUGCAUCCUCAUCCUUCUCACCUACAUCCCCGGGAGUCCAUACAUGUACACUUACAUGAUGGGGCAGCGGAAGAAGGCUCUGGGAAAGAAGGACAAGACCUCAUAAAGGAUUCUUAAAGCUAUCACGCACGUACCGUGGUUAGAAAGCUACCAUGUGAAGCUGAAGUUAAGGAAACGCUAGAUUUUGUUUUGCAUAGAAGUCUGUAAGGAUAGUUGGUGCACACAGCUGGAAGGUGCUUGCCUAACAUCCAAAAUGCAGCAUUCUAAGGAGCAGGUAUCAGAAUUGAAAAUUGAAUAAUGGAUAGAGUGAGAG